AUGACUUGUCUGCAGCGUUUCCCAUUUCCUAUUGAAUUUGUUAGCGAUGAAUUAUUGCAAAGAAGACGAGAUGUUGAAGUUAAAAUAAAAGAACAAAAUGAAAAUAAAUUCGACUGGGAAACUAUGAUUAAGUACAACAUGCAGGGUUGUCAAUAUUGGCUGUCUCCUUAUGAUGUGCUCUCUAUUCCUUUUCAUGUUGUGGUUUUUAUGUUGACUGGUUGUCCAAUGUUAGCAUUUGUUUUAUGCCUUUCAACUUCUAUUUUUCUUCAUUAUGAAAUGGCUGUAUCAACGCAUUGUGGAGUUCCAAAUUGGCUACCGUCACUUUCGGCCGUGGUAGCCUAUGCACCUGAACGUUAUAUUUGGAGAUUUCUCCUUGGAAUUUCAUGCACGCCGCGUCUUGCAAUGGCCUUUGCUUUCAGAAACUACUUGAUCAGCUCUAGCCUGUGGCCUCUUCCGCUGUUAAGCAGAUUCCGUUGGGCUUGUCAUCUUGCUUGUGCACUCAAUGCGAUUUUACAUAUGCUUAUGUUUAACGCAUUCGUUAUAUGUGGCACUUUACAUAUGGUGAUUGUUACUUGGCUUUUUGACCUAUCUGGUAGAAGACGUUCCAGCAAAAUUGGCGAAAUCUCGUUUCAAACCAAAGCAUUUUGUUGCGUUGGACAAAUUAUCUCUUUGUUCUUUGCGCUCUACUUUUUUUAUAGACAUAAUCGUUAUUGCGAACCUGGAAUGUAUACACUCUUUGCGCUGGCUGAAUAUUCACUGAUUUUGUUCAAUGGACUCUUUCACACAACGAUUUAUUAUGAAUUUCAAUCGAGAGUACUUUCGCUUGUAACGGCUGCUUUGAAGGCGAAUUACUAUUUGUUACCUUCACAUGAUUAUAGUGAGAAGCGUGGUACUUAA